GUUCUUUCGUUGGCUGUACUUUCAAAAUCUCUCAACCGCAACUAUCGCUAUCCAGUAGUAUUUUAUUAUUUAAUAAAUUGAAUUGAUACGUACUUUUAGCCUUAGCCAUAAACAACAUCAAAGCCGAAACAGAACAGCUCGAUUUACUUAUUAAUUUUGCUAACGAAGGAGUAGUACGCUAUACUGAAGGCAGCAAUAAAAAAGUGUACACUUAAUAUUUACCGUCUUCUUCCCUUCCUAAUACGUUGUUGUUACAGUCAGUUUUAAAAACUGAAAGACAUUCAGGAUAAAUGACAGUAAAAUGUCUAAUAAGGAAAAUUACCUGAUGGGAAAGCAAAAUGGUAGAACACCGUUGAAGAAUGGUGAACUGGUAGAACCAAAAAGGCGCCGAACGGAUUCAGUAGAUGAUUCAAAUGAAUCAAACUCUAAAGAAAAAUCUUACACAUUCCUUGAUGAACUCAGUGAAUAUGCAAUUGAGCUGGAUCAAGAUGUAGAAAAAGCCACAAGAGAUCAAAAAUGGCAACGCCCUGCUCUAUCGCCUCCCAAUACUGAAAAGGAUGAUAUAUAUUUCCAGCAAAUCGAUUGUGAAGAGUUUACCGAAGGGCCUGUCCCUUCUAUCCGUUUGUUUGGAGUUACGGAUCAUGGUAACAGUAUUUUAACACAUGUAACUGGAUUUCUUCCAUAUUUCUAUAUAAAGGCACCAGUAGGAUUUCGGGUUGAAAUGAUUGAACAUUUUUCUCGAGAAUUGGAUGCGGUUUGCAAUGGAGGCGUAAUCGAUCAUUGUACCAUUGAAAUGAAGGAAAAUUUGUACGGUUUUCAAGGAAAUGAAAAGUCACCUUUCAUCAAGAUUUACGUUACAGACCCUCGACUAGUAUCUCGUGCUCGAAAUGUAUUCGAACGAAACGAAAUAAACUAUGAAGGCUUAUUUCCCACGUCUGUCAUGACUUUUGAAAGUAACACGCAAUAUCUUAUGCGUUUUAUGAUUGACUGUAAUGUGGCCGGUAUGAGCUGGAUUCAAUUACCAGCUGGAAAGUACCAAUUUCGAUACCAAAAUUGUGUCUCAAAUUGCCAGAUUGAAGCCUGGAUCCAUUAUAAAGACCUAAUAAGUCUUCCUGCAGAAGGUGAAUGGUUAAAAAUGGCUCCUCUUCGUAUUUUGAGUUUUGAUAUUGAAUGCGCUGGCCGUAAAGGUAUCUUCCCUGAACCGUCUAUUGAUCCCGUAAUCCAGAUUGCUAACAUUGUUACUCAAUAUGGCGACAAAGAUCCGUUUGUUCGAAACGUAUUUUGUGUGGAUACUUGCUCUCAGAUAGUAGGCACCCAUGUCUUUGAGUUUCAGAGUCAAUCAGAAAUGCUUUUAGAGUGGUCAAAGUUCGUUCGCGAGGUUGAUCCAGAUGUCAUGAUUGGUUACAAUAUCAGUAACUUUGAUUUCCCUUAUCUACUUGAACGUGCUAAAACUUUGCGCGUUCACAACUUUCCUUUACUUGGUCGAGUAAAAAAUUACUAUACCGUCGCCAAAGAUACCACGUUUUCAAGUAAAGCUUACGGUACUCGUGAAAGUAAGUCCAUCCAAAUUCCCGGAAGACUUCAACUUGAUUUGCUUCAAGUCAUGCAGCGUGACUUCAAGUUAAGAUCCUAUUCUCUGAAUGCUGUUUGUGCUCAAUUUUUAGGGGAGCAGAAAGAAGAUGUUCAUCAUUCUAUUAUUACUGACUUACACAAUGGUACUGCCGAUUCGAGAAGACGUUUAGCUAUCUAUUGUUUAAAGGAUGCAUACCUUCCUCAACGACUUAUGGAUAAGUUAAUGUGUUUUGUUAACUAUACAGAAAUGGCAAGAGUUACUGGUGUCCCAUUUAACUAUCUAUUGGCUCGUGGUCAACAAGUUAAAGUGAUUUCACAAUUGUUCCGCAAAGCACUUCAGCAUGACCUUGUGGUUCCAAAUAUCAGAGUUAAUGGAACGGAUGAGCAGUACGAGGGUGCUACUGUCAUUGAACCCAUAAAGGGAUACUAUGAUUCACCAAUCGCCACUUUGGAUUUUAGCUCUCUAUACCCCUCUAUUAUGCAGGCCCAUAAUCUUUGCUAUACUACAAUAUUAGAUCCGAAUACUGCUAAGUCCCUAAAUUUAAAACCAAAUCAGGACUAUUCGAUUACUCCUAAUGGGGACUACUUUGUAAAACCUGAAGUGCGUAAGGGAUUGCUCCCGAUUAUUUUGGCAGAUUUGUUAAAUGCUCGUAAAAGAGCAAAAGCAGACUUAAAGAAUGAAACAGAUCCUUUCAAAAAAGCUGUUUUGGAUGGUCGUCAGUUGGCUUUAAAGGUUAGUGCAAACUCUGUUUAUGGAUUUACCGGAGCUACUAAUGGUCGACUUCCAUGCCUGGCAAUUUCUUCAUCGGUUACAUCUUAUGGUCGUCAAAUGAUUGAAAAAACUAAAGAGGUUGUUGAAGCUCAUUACCGUAUGGAGAACGGCUAUUCGCAUGAUGCUGUGGUUAUUUAUGGUGAUACAGAUUCCGUUAUGGUCAAAUUUGGCGUUAAAACACUACCCGAAGCUAUGAAAUUGGGAGAAGAAGCAGCUAAUUAUGUCUCCAACCAUUUUAUUGACCCCAUUAAAUUAGAAUUCGAAAAGGUUUAUUUUCCUUAUCUUUUAAUUUCAAAGAAAAGAUAUGCAGGCUUAUUCUGGACUCGCACGGACACGUUUGACAAAAUGGAUUCGAAAGGUAUUGAGACUGUUCGUCGUGAUAAUUGUCCUCUGGUUUCAUAUGUAAUUGAUACAGCCUUGCGGAAAAUGUUGAUUGAUCAAGACGUAGAAGGAGCUCAAGAGUUUACGAAAGGCGUUAUAUCCGACCUUCUCCAAAAUAAAGUUGAUAUGUCACAGCUUGUGAUCACAAAAGCUCUUUCUAAAACGGAUUAUGCUGCUAAGCAAGCUCAUGUUGAAUUGGCUGAGCGUAUGCGUAAAAGAGAUGCAGGUUCAGCACCUGCAAUUGGAGAUCGUGUUGCUUAUGUUAUUAUCAAAGGUGCGCAAGGUGAUCAAUUUUACAUGCGCUCUGAAGAUCCCAUCUACGUAUUGGAAAAUAACAUUCCCAUCGAUGCAAAGUAUUAUUUAGAAAACCAACUUUCGAAACCUCUACUUCGUAUUUUUGAGCCUAUUUUAGGAGAAAAGGCUAGUUCUUUGCUUCAUGGAGAUCACACAAGGACUAUUUCGGUUGCAGCGCCUAGCGUUGGCGGAAUCAUGAAGUUCGCUGUUAAAGUUGAGACAUGUUUAGGGUGCAAAGCUCCAAUAAAAAAGAGUAAAGCGGCAUUAUGCGACAAUUGUCUGAACCGAUCAGCCGAAUUAUACCAACGCCAGAUCGGGCAAGUCAAUGAUUUAGAAAUCAGGUUUGCUAGAUUAUGGACGCAGUGCCAAAGAUGUCAAGGAAGCAUGCACCAAGACGUUAUCUGUUCAAGUAGAGAUUGUCCUAUCUUCUACAUGAGGAUUGCCGAAUUCAAAAAGCUUAAACAAUCGGUUGAUGUGCUCCAGCGGUUUGAUGAGAUGUCUUGGUAAAUAUAAUUAUUUAUUCCUACUAAUAAUGUCUCAGUGUGAUAAUGAACCGCUUUUCUCUCUUUUAAGUCUUAAAUAAAUAAUAUAUCAACGGGAAUGAAAUUAGUUAUACUUUUGGUUUAGUGUCUUUUUGUAUGUAUAUCAUUAAAAAAUAAAGAAAACGCAAAAGUUACUAAAACUCAACUUAAGCAUACCUUACAAAUUCAAGCCUGAAUAGAACUCAUAACCAAAAGCUUAUGAUAGUGAAUAGAACAAAG